UAGUCUCUGGUCUCUUCUCCACUCCAUUUUCACCUUCUUUUAUAUUUUUACUUUCUCUCUGUACUAAAUAACCCAAAAGAGUUUCCACAUGUUGGCUUUCACGGCGAGCUGGUUGACACCCAGCUCACUUUUCCUCUUCCUCAACCUCAUGAUCGGAACCUUAUUUCUUAUGUCCCGCUUUGGGACCCGGAAUACUCCCACUGACCAUGCGCACGGUUCGCACCAACUUGUUCGAUCAGGGUCACUAUUGGAACGUGUCAAGUCCUUCAACCUUUCCUUAUACAAAUUCGAGUCGCCUGCCGUCGAAACCGAGUAUCUCUAUCCCACAGAGACAGAUUACUCGACCCAGACGCCUCAACUCGCCCGCACUCCGUCGUUUAUAGAGCGUCUGAGGUCCAUCGACUUAUCAUACGUCUACAGAUUCGACCAUCAACAAGCCCACCCUGAACCGGAACCUGAAAUCCUUCGGCCUGAAGCCAACACUCCGGCUCACCACCCCACUGAGCCCGAACGCUCGACCCAGUUUCAGAACCCGACCAACCCGCCACAACUCGCCCGCACGCCGUCGUUUUUAGAGCGCUUGAGGUCAAUCGACUUAUCUUACGUCUACAGAUUCGACCAUCAACAAUCCUACCCGGAACCGGAACCCAAAAUCCGUCAGCCUGAAGCCAAGACUCCGGAUCCGAACCCGGCCGAGGACGACUCUCAUGACCACCCUCCCGUGAAGAGGAGCAAGUCGGAGUCUCAUCACAGCGCCCGCACCGAGAAGAAGAGUCAGUCAGAAAUGAUGACGAAGUCGUCAAGCGAAAAAAUGGGACACAGUUCUGGCAGCAAAGAGGAUGUCAGCGACGACGACGAAGAGGAGAACGUCGCCGCAGUCGAGCGGCGGAGGCCGGUGACUACGAGGGUGGAGAAAAGGAGCAGUAUAGCUGACGAAACGACGUCGCUCAAAGACUUCGAUGAUGGGGUCGACGCUAAGGCUGACGACUUUAUUAACAGGUUUAAGCAGCAACUGAAGUUACAGAGACUCGAAUCGUUCAAACGGUUCAGUGAAAUGAUAUCAAGGAAGUAGUUUAUCAUUAAGUUUUUUGCGUUUUUUGUUUUUGUUGUUGUCCAUAUUUGUGGUGGUUGGACUAUUAAUUAAGGCAAAAAGCUAUAGCUUGGGGGUGCUCCUCUUUUCUUGUUUUUGUUAUAUUUUCUUUUGGGGGAUGGGGGAGAGUUAAGGGUAAUUUGGUAAUUUACCUUUGUCAAUGAGCUUGAUUUACUGUUUUGAGCUAGCUCUGCGAUGAAUGGUGGUGACUGAUAGCAGUUGGGGAGGGAAGGAGGAUCGAAUAUCGAGGUGGGGUAUCGAGAGUCAGACCGAAGAAUAGGAAGAUUAUGAAAAAGUUCUAGCUAGACUGUGAAAUUACCGUUAUGCUCUUGCUCCUGUACCCUGGUGUAAACGGCUUUUGUUGAAUUAUAUGAACAAUUCUGUCCUUUCGUUCUCGUAA